GCCGACCGGCCGCGCGUCGAAGCGCUGUAGGCUUUUGGAGGCAAGCGCGGCCCCGGUUUGGCGCGCAUUGUUACAAGUAAAGAAAGUAGCGAGUUUGUUAAAUUUCCCAUUUUAAUAAACAAUCUUCCUUCGCCCCGGUCAUGUCCGAGGACGAGAAGAGCGCGACGGAGGCCGAGCGCCGUCAAAGCGAGGUGAAUGAUCCAUCGUUCUCGCCAAAUUCGCCGUCAAGAAACGCCGUCCCCAAGCCCGAGACCAAAGCACCAGACCCAGAGUAUGAGAACAAGAUGAAAACGGAUCGCUCGAACCGCUUCGAGUACCUCCUUCAGCAGACGGAGCUCUUCGCCCACUUCAUCCAGCCAGCGGCGCAGAAGACUCCCACGUCGCCGCUCAAGCUCAAGCCUGGGCGGCCGCGCGUAAAGAGUGAUGAGAAGCAGAGCCUGCUGUCGGUCGGCGACGCCCGCCACCGACGCACGGAGCAGGAGGAGGAUGAGGAGCUGCUCUCUGAGAGUCGGAAGAGCGCCAACGCUCUCCUCCGCUUCGAAGAGUCCCCUUCCUAUGUGAAGUGCGGCACGAUGAGGGAUUACCAGGUCAGGGGUCUCAACUGGCUCAUCUCCCUGUAUGAGAACGGCAUCAAUGGCAUCCUCGCCGACGAGAUGGGUCUGGGAAAGACACUGCAGACGAUCUCCCUGCUGGGCUACAUGAAGCACUACCGCAACAUCCCAGGCCCCCACAUGGUGCUGGUGCCUAAGUCCACGCUGCACAACUGGAUGGCCGAGUUCGAGCGAUGGGUGCCCUCGCUGCGGGCUGUCUGCCUCAUUGGAGACAAAGACCAUAGGGCGGCGUUCAUCCGCGACGUGCUGAUGCCGGGCGAGUGGGACGUGUGCGUCACCUCGUAUGAGAUGAUCAUCCGCGAGAAGUCCGUCUUCAAGAAGUUCAACUGGCGCUACUUGGUCAUCGACGAGGCUCACCGCAUCAAGAACGAGAAGUCCAAGCUGUCUGAGAUCGUUCGAGAGUUCAAGACGACAAAUCGUCUGCUGUUGACAGGGACGCCAUUGCAGAACAACCUGCAUGAGCUGUGGUCCUUGCUCAACUUCCUGCUGCCCGAUGUGUUCAACUCUGCAGAUGAUUUCGAUUCGUGGUUCGACACCAACAACUGCCUUGGCGACCAGCAGCUGGUUGAACGUCUGCACAUGGUGUUGCGACCAUUCUUGCUGCGUCGCAUCAAGGCGGACGUGGAGAAGAGCCUGUCCCCCAAGAAAGAGUGCAAGAUCUACAUCGGGCUCAGCAAGAUGCAGAGAGAGUGGUACACAAAGAUCCUGAUGAAGGACAUUGACAUCCUGAACUCAGCCGGCAAGAUGGACAAGAUGCGCUUGCUCAACAUCCUCAUGCAACUGCGCAAGUGCUGCAACCACCCGUACCUGUUUGACGGCGCGGAGCCUGGGCCGCCCUACACCACGGACACCCACAUCGUCAUCAACAGCGGCAAGAUGGUGGUGCUCGACAAGCUGCUGCCCAAGCUGCACGAGCAGGGGUCCCGCGUGUUGAUCUUCAGCCAGAUGACGCGCAUGAUGGACAUUUUGGAGGACUACUGCAUGUGGAAAGGGUACGAGUACUGCCGUCUCGAUGGCCAGACGCCGCACGAGGAUAGACAGGUAUCGAUUGCCGGCUUCAACGCUCCGGACAGCAGCAAGUUCGUGUUCAUGCUGUCGACGCGAGCUGGGGGCCUGGGCAUCAAUCUGGCCACAGCCGACGUGGUCAUCCUCUACGACUCUGACUGGAACCCCCAGGUCGACCUGCAGGCCAUGGACCGAGCUCACCGCAUCGGGCAGAAGAAGGUGGUGCGCGUCUUCCGCUUCAUAACAGAGAGCACGGUGGAGGACCGUAUCGUGGAACGUGCCGAGAUGAAGCUCCGCCUCGACUCAAUCGUCAUCCAGCAGGGCCGCCUGGUGGAUCAGGUGGCCAACAAGCUGGGCAAGGAUGAGAUGCUGCAGAUGAUUCGCUACGGAGCUACGCAGGUGUUCUCUUCAAAGGAGAGCCAGAUCACCGACGAGGACAUCGACGUCAUCCUCGAGCGCGGGGCCAAGAAGACGGCCGAGAUGAACGAGAAGAUGUCCCAGCUGGGCGAGAACACCCUGCGCACGUUCACCAUGGACACGGAGUCGAGUGUCUACAACUUCGAGGGGGAGGACUACAAGGCCAAGCAGAAGCUGAACAUGACUGAGUGGAUUGAGCCACCCAAAAGAGAGCGGAAGGCCAACUACGCGGUGGAUGCCUACUUCCGUGAGGCCCUCCGUGUGACGGAGCCAAAGGCCCCCAAGGCACCGCGCCCGCCCAAGCAGCCCAGCAUCCAGGACUUCCAGUUCUUCCCCCCGCGCCUCUUUGAGCUCUUGGAGAAGGAGAUCCUGCACUACCGGAAGACCAUUGGCUAUAAGGUUCCCCGGAACCCGGACGUGCCCAACCCCGCGGUGACGCAGAAGGAGGAGCAGGGAAAGAUCGACACGGCUGAGUCGCUCAAUGAGGAGGAGCUCGAAGAGAAGGAGAAACUACUCACACAGGGCUUCACGGACUGGAGCAAACGAGAUUUUAACCAGUUCAUCAAGGCCAACGAGAAGUGGGGUCGCGAUGACAUCGACAACAUUGCCCAGGAGGUGGAGGGCAAGACUCCCGAGGACGUCAUCGAGUACUCGGCGUUGUUCUGGGAUCGCUGCAACGAGCUGCAGGACAUCGAGAGGAUCAUGGCGCAGAUAGAGCGCGGGGAAGCGCGCAUUCAGCGCCGGAUCGGCAUCAAGAAAGCGCUGGACGCCAAGAUUGCACGCUACAAGGCGCCCUUCCACCAGCUACGCAUCUCGUAUGGCACCAACAAGGGCAAGAACUACACAGAGGAGGAGGACCGCUUCCUCAUCUGCAUGCUGCACAAGAUGGGCUUCGACCGUGAGAGCGUCUACGACGAGCUGCGCCAGUGCAUCCGCAACGCCCCGCAGUUCAAGUUCGACUGGUUCCUCAAGUCGCGCACGGCCAUGGAGCUGCAGCGGCGCUGCAACACGCUGAUCUCGCUCAUCGAGAAGGAGAACUCUGAGCUGGAGGAGAAGGAGAAGGCGGAGAGGAAACGACGCGGACCCAAGUCCUCCUCGGCGCAGAAGAGAAAGGCGGAAAACACCCCUGAUUCCCGUGGCCGCAAAAAGAAAAUGAAGCUGUGAUGGAAUCACGGACUUUCAGGAGCAGUGAGAUGUACGCCGGCACCGUGGGUCAGUCGGAAAAGUUGGGUUAGGAAGGGGGGGGGGGAUGGAGAGGGUAGAGGGGGAUAGAGCCAGUGGGGGGGCGGGGGGUGUGAGAUGAGGUGCGUGUGCGGGAUUUUACGUCUUCCCCAAACACGGCAGUUACAUUGGCAUCAGUGGCAGCGCCGGAGACGCCGCGCCGAUGCCGUGCUGUCCAGUUGACAGAGGAAAGAAAAACGUCUCCAGAGGAUCUUCAAUGUCACGCAAAGCAAUGAGUGUCAAGAUCAAGAAGAUUGUUUUUCCCCUAACAAUGACUUGUUUAUGUAAUGAGCUUCAGGAAAAAGCACCGACCGGGAAGGGUAAUGCGGCUUUUAUUUUGAAUUCACCAGCAGCGGUGUUUGUGAAUUCCUACACUCGGCAAACUCUCCCCACCCACCCCAACUCCUUCAAUUCCCCGAGGAAUGGUAGCUUCUGUAACGGUUGCUACAUUUCACACAAAGGCGCUUGCUCUCACACCUGAGCGAUCGGUUGGGAAACUUGGUCGCAUGCAACCAAGUCGUUUUUGGAUGUGCAGUCGGUUUGCGCGAGCAGUUGUGUGACCGUUUGCCGAUAUCGCAGAGGCUCGCCUUGCAAGCGAUCGGCUCGGAGAUUCACGGCCAUGCAUUUCCUCAGGUGCACGUUGAUUGGCCGUCACAAUCCUGACGCGGGGUCGAGGGUGGUGGUGGUGGCAACUCGCGAGAAGGAUGGCGCAGCUCUGCUGCUGUCGAGGGCAGUGCGCCAGACACUUUAGCCAUGACCAUGCAUCAAGCUCUUGAAAUGCAACUACUGGCUUAGAUGUGGGCAAAGCAGUCGUGGCCAAUUUAGCUGUGCAACUGAUCGUUUGCAGACAAGUGGGGCAUGCCAUUCCCUCACGGGUAGGCAGGGGGGGGGGUUGUCGCUGUAGUCCGAUGACCAACGCGGAUUGGUCCAAGUGAGGGGAUCACUUGGGGCUUCCACAGCGGAGUCGUAACCGUUGUAGCCACAGCGUCGUUAUGAGUCGGCGUGGGAGAGCGCCCUCGUUAAUUUUAUUUCGGAGUGGAAAUGUUUAUAGUGAACGAGACUUAGCCCCGUUUGUUGUACUGUUCGUGUAGGUGCUCCCCACCGAGUGCUUGUGUUAUUUUGUACUUUAGCCUUUUGACCAUUCCUAAAAUAAACUUGUUCAAAAAGAAGAUUCUGCUUGAUUGGUUGUUUUUGUCAGUUUAGCCCUCCGAUGUGUUUUCAAAAUAUGUAGACGCUACAUACCUGUCAACCCAUGCGGUUUAUCCGUAUUCUUGUACAGGGAAAUUGAGUUUUCAGGUCCCUACAGCGUACAGCCGUUUCAAUACGGGCAAAACUAAUUUUUGUGUUUCUCCCUUAUGAUGGGACUUUGUAGGAUGAACGUUGAGAUUCAAAGGGCACGGGGUGACCAAUAAUGUCUGAAAUGGUCUGUAAUUAGGUAGGCACUGAUAAGGGGUUGACAGAUAUGACACUAUGCCCCCCUUAACACAUCUGUUCCGGUAUAAGUAUUUGUCUCAUUCAGGCUGUUGUCGACCUACAUGUAAACACAAAUAGUAAAUACGUACACAUUUAAAAGAACACUUUUGCGGUCUGCAAUGAAUAUCACACCGAGUGAAACAAAUAUAGAAAUUAUUGAGUAAUGUACACGGCAAAUCUAAAUGAUUGCAUUCCAUCUGUAACAUUUUGCAAGGGUCGUGCAAGAUUUAGUUGGGGAUUUUAAGUAACUUAAGAAGGGUGGCAUAAUUUACUGUGGGAGAUCGUUCUAUUGAUGCUAUCAAAUGUCAGUAAUUUGUAACCGCUAUAUUACAAAUGUAGCAAAGUUUGUUUAUUUGGCAUUGUUCUUCUUGGUUCUUUCGGUAAAGUCACGUAGAAUUGAAAUAAUAAAAUAAUAAAACCUGA